AAGCCUAACAGUUUUUCCUCAGUUAACUACUCUCUCUCUCUCUCUCUCUCUCUCUCUCUCUCUCUCACACACACACACACACACACACACGCUUUGAGAAAAUUGCAAAACCGUUUUGUAUAUAAACAAAGAAUGUGUUAUUGAUCCAUCAUUUGUGAGAAUGAACACCCAUAUGGAAGUUUACACUAACAAGAAUAAUACUGAAAUGAGUAACAGAAAACGUGGUGCUACUGCAACAAAAAGCGAAGAAACUCUUAACACAGAACGUGAAAGAAGGAAGAAAUUGAAUCAAAUGUUCACUCACCUUAACACCACUGUCCCUACUCUUCUUCCCAAUGCUACAAAGGAAGCGAUUAUAACUGAAACAAUUGAAUACAUUAAGGAACUUGAAAAGAAGAAGAAAAUGUUGGAGGAUCUGAAGGAAUUGAUCAAGAUACCGGUGAUUCAAGGGAGUUUGUUGAUUCCGUGUCGUAAUAGGAAUUGCUCUGUAUCUGUUACUGUUUCUAACAAUGUAGCUUUUUUUGGAAUUGAAUCUGUGGCUAAACCUGGUUUGAUUACUCUGAUUUUGAAGGUGUUUUUCAACAAUCAAUCUGAGAUUUUAGCUGCUAAUGUUUCUGUUAAUGAUGGGAUUUUGAUCUUGGCGAUCACAGCUUUGGUUCAAAGUGGUAAUAGUGCUACUAUUGAGAAGAUUAAGAGAGAAAUUAUGAGUUUGUAGAUUGGAUUAAUGAAUAAUUACUUUUUCAUUUACUUUAGGAAAUUUAAAUGGAGAUUAUGAUAGUAUUAGAACCAUGUAUGUAUGUGGUUAAAAUAGUUAUACUCGGAUGUAGAGAGACACAUCAUGUGGCAUGGAUCAUAUAAUGGUAUACAUAAUAUAGUGUAAUACAUUUAUGCAUUUUCAUAUUGAUGAAUGUUAUGAGCAAAAGUAGCAAAUUAAUUAGAACAA